AGGUGUGCGCAGCGCCAAACCCAAACUUUUUUACGCACCUUGCCUCUGAUUCACCUUCUCAUCUCGUGGAUUAAACACCUGCACUGAGCAGCAGUUGCUGCAGCCGUUUAAUCUUUUCCACAAGAUUACGAUGGAUUAACAUAUAUAUUUUUUGGGAGCCAUGCUCUCAUUCUCGGGUGCUCUCUGCUCACACCGCCGACUCGCAGGGAACCAUCCAACUUGGAUGCCCUCCAUUGCCGUUUCCGCAUUCUCGCAGCCACCGUGCGCACUGCAGGCGCGGAGCACAGAUCCAUGAUCUCAACAGAAAAAACCGGUUCCUCCGGCAAAUCUACCCAAGUAUUGCUGGCGGGGCAUUAUGUUUAGAGCCAGAGGAAGAGAGAAAACCGGAGGACUGACGGGCUGGACAUCGUUUCAGCGGACUAAGAAAGCCUGAAGCGUCUCAUCGAGCGGAAAAACCUGGACUAACCCGCCGACACGCCGCUUCAUGUCCCGGGAUGGAGGGCUGCUGUCGCUCCUGCAUGCCGUGUUGUAGCCGGCUUUGGAACUACAUUUGGCCGGACUUCCGCUAUCCAAACGUCCCCAACAACAACAACCAUGUCAUCGCCAACCCAGCCGCGCAGACGGCGGAGAUCCGCACCGUGUCAGGAGACAUCCACGUCCCGUCGCCCAAGAAGCGGCAGGUGCAGCUUUACGCCGCGCUCUUCGACUUCGAGGCCCGCAGUGACGACGAGCUGACGGUGAAGGAGGGGGACAAGCUGUCGGUGAUCGAGAAGCGGGGGGAGUACGUACUGGCUAAAAAGCUGACCGGGUCUCUGGAGUCCGGACUGAUCCCGGCCAACUACGUGGCUCUGCUGCAGGACGAGUUCGCCAAACACAAGUGGUACUACGGGAACAUUAACCGUGGGAAAGCUGAGAAGCUGCUGCUGGCUUCUCAAAACAAAGAUGGCUCCUUCCUGGUUCGCAUCAGUGAGAGUCACAGUGACGAGUACACAGUCUCUGCCCGCAGUGAGGGGAAGGUGUACCACUUCAGGAUCCAGCGCUCCACCAUCGGGGCGUACUUCGUCUCCGAUAAAGUUUCCUUCGGUACUCUGGGAGAGCUCAUCUCGUACUACCAGAAGAACCCCCGCAGCCUCGGAGUGCCGCUCGAGGAGCCCUGUGCACAGCAGCGGGAGCUGUUCGACAUGGAGCCGUGGGAGAGACCUCGAGAGGAGUUCAGGCUGCACAAGAAACUGGGAGAGGGGCACUUUGGAGAGGUGUGGGAGGCACUGUGGACCACAGAGAACAAGAAAGUGGCCAUAAAGACACUGAAACAAGAGGACACGAAGCAGGACGAGUUUGUGAAGGAGGUGCAGGCGCUGAAGAGUCUCCACCACCCGAAGCUGAUCCAGCUGCUGGCCAUGUGCUCCAGAGGAGAGCCGGUCUACAUCGUGACCGAACUCAUGAACAAGGGAAGCCUCAAGUCCUACAUCGCCUCUGCUGAAGGCCAGGUGCUGACAUCAGCUCACCUGAUCUACAUGGGCAGUCAGAUCGCAGAGGGCAUGGCGUACCUGGAGGACAGAAACAUCGUCCACAGGGACCUCGCUGCCAGAAACAUCCUGGUGGGAGACGAUCUGGUCUGCAAGGUGGCCGACUUCGGACUGGCUCGCAUUAUUAAGGACAGUGUGUAUACAGCCAGUCGAAAGACAAAGAUCCCGGUAAGGUGGACGGCUCCUGAAGCGGCAAUUUACCAACGUUUCUCUGUGAAAUCAGAUGUCUGGUCAUUCGGGGUGCUGCUGUAUGAGAUGCUGUCCCGCGGCAAGAUGCCUUAUGAUGGAAAAAACAACAAGGAAGUAUUGGAUCUGCUGUCAUCUGGGUUUCGGUUGCCCUGUCCCCCCCGCUGUCCGCAGAAUAUUUACAGAAUAAUGAUGGACUGCUGGGCCGCAGAGCCCUCCAAGAGACCCUCGUUCCACGCCCUGCACAGCCAGCUGGACUCAAUAUACGCCAGGAUAUACUUCAAGACUAUAGAGGUGUAGCAUCGGUGAAACGUGGAGGAAGAAGGGGACGGCAGGAGCAGAUCCGCAACGGAUUAUCAACUGCUGGAUGGACUGCAAAUAUGCAGAAAGGAAGAAAAAAAACCGGGGAUGCAUGCAACGUCUUCCACUACAGGGAAUGUGUACUUUAAAAACACCAAGGUGUCAGAAGACAGAGGGAAGAGAGCAUCAGAAUUGAACAUAUGGAGAAGAUGCUCGCCAAAUCAAGGAAGCAAAAUUGGGAAAACCUAAUAUCUUAGGCUCAAAGAAUGCAAGGCGGAUAAUUGAAAGGACUUAGAAAGGUGUGUACAAUCCUAACAAUUGAACACUUGAAACCCACGGCACAUGCACAGAACCAACUGUUUUUAAUUUUAUACCCGUUUUGUGAUUUAUAAAUAAUAUUUUAUUACUUCUGGAUGUGCCAUGUUUGUGUAUGCACACACUUUGAAAUGUUAUGAAAUCACAGGUAAGGACUUUAUUUAAUCACCUGCCUUUGGACUGCAAAGCUGAAAUGGAGGUUAUGUGCAAUAAUUUAGAGGUUGUCAGGUUUUUAGCCACGCUAGAGAUGCUGACUUUGAUCACUGUGUUGGUACAACAUCUGGCACUGAAUUUUUGACAUAUUAAACUGAUGCCAUGAUAUUUGGUUCAGACCUUUGUGAUCCUCAGAGGAUGAAACUAACUCCCUCCAGCUUCAGCUGAACUUAAGGAUUAAAGGACGCUCUAAAUAAUUAACCAAUACACUGUCAUAGUGCUUUAAUGCUUAGAGUAAAAAGAUGGAUGCAUGUUAACUUGUUAGCACGACAGAUUACAUUCAUUCUAAACUCAGUAGCAUACUCGACUAGAGAAAUGUAGGAAACGUAUUAACACCAUUGUCAGAAUUAAACUCAGAGUACAGUACUUUUAUUCUUGAAAUGGUCACUACUUAUAAUAUUGAUUUAUGUGAAAAACAGCUCAGGGAGAAGUGUUUUUAACACCAUUAAACUUAAUGAGCCAAAUCAACUUCCUGUUCAUCUUUCAGCAAUCCAUCAGUUUCACGGCGUCUUCUAGUGUGGCUAAACGUUGUUAGUUAAGUAUUUUAAUCUGCAUACCUUCUGAUACAGGAAUUUGAGAAGGUUUUGGCUAAAUGUUACUACUGGAUAAAAGUUUUUCUUGAAUAAUAUGGGGAAUUGUUUUUAUCUUUCAAUGUUUUUGGGGUCUGACCCGGUGCUUUAAUGGUCAUUGGGCCAUAGAGCCAUGUGUACAGGUUUUAAGUUAUUAAACUUUUGAGAGGUCCACUGUAAUGUCGGGUAAUAACUCGAGUGCCUAUGUUUACACCAAACACUGUCGACACGCUACUCUCAAAUUAGACUGUAAAGAACUACAAAAGUGGAACAAUCUAUGAGGCUAAAAGAACUGCACAGUGAAUACCCAAAACAUAUCCAAAGGGUGUUUUCAAUGUUGCAAUGUAAAUUGAGACCAAUGCAACUUUUCUCUUUGAUGCAUGAAAAUGAAUCAGCAGACAAAGCCAAGUUCAGGAAACGUUAGCCAUAAUCAUCAAAUCACAAUAUUGAGUUGUGUGUUUUAGGCAGACAUCGGGUACCAAACAGCAGAAGUAGAAAGAAUACAAUAUUUUAGGUAUUGUUUUAAAAUGUGCCUCUGCUUUUUAAUCACAACAUACUAAUGUGAAAGAUGUAGUUUACAAUUGAAGCUCCUUCAAUGAAAUUAUCCUUCAACUCAAUUGAAAGAUCCUCAAACAAAAGGUCUGAAUCACAGUUAGUUAAACGGUUAGCUGCUACAUGAUACAAACAUUGUGGCCUGUAUGAAAAAAAUCAUGCAGUUCAGUCCAAAGUUCAAUAGUGAACCUUUAUGGUUAAGAUAUCUUGGCAGCAGAUAAAGUUAGGAGCAAAACAAUGCACGAUUAAAAAGAUAUGCUGUGUAUUGAAGGAAUGUCUUUGUGAUUUUUAGUUUCUUCAAGUUGUUUAUUGCUGACAUUGUUCUGAUCCGGCGAAGCCAGAUUAUUAAUAAAAACAAAAAGGCGUUUGAAUAAA